CUGGGUUUGGGAUCAGAAUCCAAUCAUGGAGCAGGAUCAGAAGAUAUUGAAUGAUCAAGACGACGCCGAAGUUGAGGCACUGGAGCUUGUGCUUUUCCAAGUCUCUGAAUGCUACGUCUACUUGAUACCACCCAGAAAAAGUGCAGCUUCGUACAGGGCUGAUGAAUGGGAUGUAAACAAAUGGGUUUGGGAAGGAAUAUUGAAAGUCAUUAGCAAAGGAGAAGAUUGCAUUAUCAGACUUGAAGAGAAGAGCACUGGUGAACUAUAUGCUCGGGCAUUUUUAAGAAAAGGAGAGCCGCAUCCAGUUGAACCUGUAAUUGAUAGCAGCAGAUACUUUGUUCUUCGUGUAGAGGAGAAUAUUGAUGGUCGACUUCGGCAUGCUUUCAUUGGCCUAGGAUUUCGAGAAAGAACAGAAGCUUAUGAUUUCCAAGCAGCCCUGCAUGAUCACAUGAAAUAUCUAAACAAGAAGAAAACUGCGGAAGAGAUGGAACAGAAAUUUCAGCAAACUUCAUCAGUUGAUUACAGCUUAAAAGAGGGGGAGACUCUUGUACUGCAGUUAAAAAGUAAAAGUUCUGAAGGUGUGAAGUCCAAGCUCUCAGAGCAGGGAGUGAGCAAUUCGCCACCCGCGAAAAAGAGUAACCAAAAAGAGUCCUUGAUCUGUAUCAAACCACCACCACCUCCUCCAGGACCACUCUCUCCUUCUACGAAUGUCCAGAAGUCUCCCUCAAACCCACCAAAUCUGGCUCUGGAGGGUGCUUCUAAACUUCCAGAAUCAAUGGCAGAUGAUUCCAAAGAAAUGAAUACUUCUGCAAAUCAAAGCACGCAAGAAAUACCAGAUGAUGACUUUGGGGAUUUUCAGGCUGCUGUUUAAUAUAAAAUUAUAAACUCUGAGAUGAGAUAUGCUUAUAUUCAAGUGUCUGAAUGUCUGUUCCCUAGACGGAUUGGGGUUUGAAAUUUUAAUGGAUCUGGUGUAUAUCUUGUUACAUACCAACCAAUGUGAAUUUACUUUGAAGAGAAA